ACAUCACAUUCAUUACAAAACAAAACAUAGUAUUAAAAAAAUUAUUCAACAUGGAAGGCUUAAUCCCAUUUCUCCUUCAUGCCAUGAAGAAACAAAGGCCUCAACAUUCCUACCGGUCCCUCUCCGAGAACUCCACCCGCAGCUACCACCUGCUCAUUGCAGCUGGAGAGUCGGUCGAGGGCUCGUCUCACCGGAGAACACGAUCGGAGUUUCAGCCACCGAGCAUCAAUUUCCUCGAGCAGCGAUCGGGCUUGGAACACUUUUCCCACACGAAAAGUUUCAGCAAAGGUUAUAAGUCCUCUCCUUCUAAUGUUGAUAAUGGAUUGAGGCAUAGGGGUCCUAUUUCUACCACUAAUUACAAGAAGUAAAUGUGAAAAGUAAGUGGAAGCCAAUUUGAGGAAGAUAUUAAAGUACUAGAAAUGUGUUUGAUAGUGUUUAUUAUUCCAUCUGUUCAUUGUGUGAGUUCAAAAAAAAUCAUUACAUAAUUGUACUUUGCGUAGACGAAAUGCUUUGGAGAAUUGAAAAUUGAAAAUAAGCUUAGGUUUAGAUUCACGAAGUACAAAAUCGUGUAAUAUUUUCUUGUAACGAAGUACAUAUUUGAUUCAUAUUGUUUAAAGGACCAUGCAACAUGUACAUUAAGAUUUACAUUAAGAAUUACAUAAUCUUUACAUGA